AUGCAACUUACCUUGCUGGUCUCCUUCGUCGCCAGCCUGGCCCUCCCCUUUGCCGCCGCCGCCGCCGCCGCCAUGACGGCACACAAGCGCGUCGAGGCGCUCCGGCCGUGGGUCGUGAAGCCCAAGGACUUCGACUGGUACCGGUGCGACACGACCAAGGCGCUGGAGAGCUGCGGCACGCUCGAGUUCUGCAAGAGGGCCCGCGGCAACAACGCCUUCGUCCUCUGCAUCAAGACCUUCGAGAGGCUGCCCUCGUACCCCGCGCCGACGGACAACCGCGUGCAGCUCCAGUGCCUGUCGGACCCGGGGCCCGACGAGAAGAAGUGCGGCACCUUUGCGUGGUGCAAGGCGGCCGACGACAAGAGGCGGCCGGACUGGCCGUGGACGCACCCGUAUCACGAUAGCUUCGAGUGCUUCUGGGCGCAUCGGAUGACGCCCGAGUAUUGGGGUGGCCCAGGCCAGGGACUUCGACUACGCGGUACUCAGUCAGAAUCAUGGCGACGUUGA